UAACACUGUCCAAAAGUGACACGGCGACAGCGAAGCGAAAUCGAAAUCGAAAGCGAAAGUUUACAGGCUAUUUUGCCGCGCACAAGAUUCAGGAUCCGGAUUCACAAUCGCCAGGAUGUCGCACGCCAUCGACGAGCUCCAGGCGAUCAUCGCCGAGAUGAAGUCGGAGAUGGAGGAGCAGCGGCUCAUCAGCGGGAGUGCGGGUGCAAGUGGCAGCGGAAGUCGCCCAGUGCGCGACCGCAUCGAACGCAUGUCCGCCGAGGUGGUGGACUCCAAUCCCUACAGCCGAUUGAUGGCCCUGCAGCGGAUGAACAUCGUCAAGGACUACGAGCGGAUCCGCGACAAGGCGGUGGCCAUUGUGGGCGUAGGCGGCGUGGGAAGUGUCACCGCCGACAUGCUGACACGCUGCGGCAUUGGCAAACUGAUCCUGUUUGACUACGACAAGGUGGAGCUGGCCAACAUGAACCGGCUGUUCUUCACGCCCGACCAGGCGGGCCUCUCCAAGGUGGAGGCCGCCGCCGCCACGCUGAGCUUUAUCAAUCCGGACGUGCGGAUCGAAACGCACAACUACAACAUCACGACGGUGGAGAACUUUGAUCGCUUCCUGGACACGAUCUCGCAGAGCGGUCAGGUUGCUGGUCAGCCGGUGGAUCUGGUGCUCAGCUGUGUGGACAACUUCGAGGCACGGAUGGCGAUCAAUGCGGCCUGCAACGAGCGCAAUCUGAACUGGUUUGAGUCGGGCGUUUCGGAGAACGCCGUCUCGGGGCACAUUCAGUUCAUCCGACCCGGGGAUACCGCCUGUUUCGCCUGUGCCCCUCCACUGGUGGUGGCCGAGAACAUUGACGAGAAGACCCUAAAAAGGGAGGGCGUGUGCGCCGCCUCACUGCCCACGACCAUGGGCAUUACGGCGGGAUUUCUCGUCCAGAACGCUCUCAAGUAUCUGCUGAAUUUCGGCGAAGUCUCCGACUAUCUGGGCUACAAUGCCCUCAGCGACUUCUUUCCCAAGAUGACGCUCAAGCCGAAUCCGCAGUGCGAUGACCGGAACUGUUUGGUCAGGCAAAAGGAGUUCCAGGCCAGGCCCAAGCCAGUGGUGAUUAAGGAGGAGCCGGUCAGCGAGGAGCCACUCCAUGCCACCAACGAGUGGGGCAUUGAAUUGGUGGCAGAAGAUGCGCCGGAAAGUGAUCCACAACCACCAAAAAGCUCUGAGGUCGGCGAGGGUCUAAGACUGGCCUACGAAGCACCGGAAAAGUCCAGCGAAACUCCUGCGGAAACUGUCACUGCGCCCACGGACGACACCAGUGUGGAGGACCUGAUGGCACAGUUGAAGUCCAUGUGAAUUGAUUCCAUACUCUGUAUUUAUAGACACUUUUUUGAAAAACAUUUUUUUUUUGCUAUAAGCUGCUUUUUGUAUAUGUACUAGUUGACUCAGCCUGUUUCGUUUCCAUUGAACGCUUUUUGUAUAAUGUCAACGAUGAAUAAAUGUUAAAUAAAUAUUUCUAAGAAAGAAACAUUGUUAAAACUAA